AGGAAACACUGCCAAGUCCUCUUAAACUUACUUAGCUGAAGAAGAGGAGGAGAGCUAAGGUAUAGAGCAGAAAUGGCUUCCUCUAUGAUGUCCUCAGCAACCGUUGCCUCAGUUAACCGUGCCCCGGUUCAGGCUAGCAUGGUUGCACCCUUCAACGGGCUCAAGUCGGCCUCCGCCUUCCCUGUGACCCGCAAGGCCAACGAUAUUACCUCUGUUGCCAGCAACGGUGGAAGAGUCCAGUGCAUGCAGGUGUGGCCAACAGUUGGAUUGAAGAAGUUUGAGACCCUCUCUUACCUUCCUCCUCUAACUGUCGAGUCAUUGGCCAAGGAAGUAGAGUACCUUCUCCGCAACAAAUGGGUUCCCUGCUUGGAAUUUGACACGGUUUCGUCUACCGUGAGAACAACAAGUCCCCCGGGUACUAUGACGGACGUUACUGGACAAUGUGGAAGCUCCCCAUGUUCGGAUGCACCGACGCUUCCCAGGUUAUUGCUGAGCUCGAAGAGGCCAAGAAGACUUACCCCGAAGCCUUCAUCAGGAUCAUCGGAUUUGACAACGUUCGCCAAGUACAGUGUGUUAGUUUCAUUGCCUACAAGCCAGCAAGCUACUAAGUUCUAAAGCCAUAUUCAUGAUACUAAACCUAUCAUAUAUGGCUUUUGAAUUGCAAGUUGUGUAAUAUCUAGAGUCUGCAGUGUAUCAUUCGUUUUGUAGCAAUUCCCAUUUUUUCUGUUUCCUUUCUGUAAUCGUCUGUAUACUCUUCUGAUUUCCUUCUGAGAACUGAGGUAAUAAUGGAGUGAGUUUGUUGUUUAUGAACUUCCGCAUAUAUGUUAUAAUAAUUUCCAUCA